CGAAGCCGCCUCUUUCCACCCUUAUAUAAACACAUCUUCUCACUCCCUAUUUUCCACUCACAACGAAUUACUACUAAAUCUAAUCAAUUCAAUAACACCUCAAACCCCAAACUAUGGCUUCUCCCGUUGAAUCUUCAGCUCUUGAUCUCAUCCGCCAACACCUCCUCGAUGAUCACGCUUUUGCACAGUUCUACUUCUCCUCCCAAUCUCAAUCCCAAUCCCAAUCCCAAUCCCAAUCCCAAAUCUCUCGAACCUCCAGCUCCACCAGCUCCACCCUCUCCGAUCUCACAACAAAUCCCCAAUUCGACGCCGAAUUCGAGACGAAGCCGCAGAAAAUCGAGAAGGUGAAGCCGGCGCUCAACAUAUCCAUUCCCAGCGAAACCACCAAAGCCGCAGUCCAGGCACGCCACUACAGAGGCGUGCGGCAGCGCCCCUGGGGGAAAUUCGCCGCGGAGAUCCGCGAUCCCAAUCGGAAGGGGACUAGGGUUUGGCUGGGGACGUUCGACACCGCGGUGGAGGCCGCCAGGGCCUACGAUCGGGCGGCGUUCAGGCUCAGGAAGAGCAAGGCCAUACUCAAUUUCCCCCUCGAGAUCGGUAGCUUGGAAAUCGACGAUGAUUCUGCGGCGCCGCUGAAGAGGCGGAGGGACGGAGAGGAAGGAGAGGAGAGAGAGAGGAAAGAGGCGAAGAGAGAAGAAGAUGUUGUUGAAUUAGUGAAAACGGAGAGUGUUGAGUUGACGGCAGCGGUGCCGCUGACGCCGUCAAGUUGGACGGCCGUUUGGGACGGAGGAGAAGGGAAAGGGAUAUUUGAGGUGCCGCCGUUAUCGCCUUAUCCACAAAUGUCGACGGUUAUUCGUGUAUGAGUUAUGAAUAGAAAGCGCACCUGACUCCAAAAAGUCUGGGGUGGUUUAGGAAUUUCGAUAAGUAUUGGGGUGCCUACUGUAAUUAUGCAUGUUUUUUUAUGUCCACUCAUUUGUUUAUUCCUUUUGUUUGAGAUAUAAAAACUUUUGUUUUGGA